AUGAAGUGCUGUGUGGAGUCAGUGAGAUGAGUGUGAACCAUUUGUGGAUAAUGUGUUCACCAAUUUCUUCCACGUUUACAAAGCUUUUAUUUUGAGCGAGGCUUUAACGUCGUCUAUGUAGCCGGAGCAAUGGCUGUACAUUUAUUUUGUUUACGUUCGCUCGUCUCUUUCCGUGUCCUCUCGGUUUCUUCCGCUGGUCGCUGUUGACACAGUGAAACUAGCGGCUCGGUGAUACGUUAGAGGCAUUUAUUUAAACCGUUUAACUGUAAAUACUUGAUGUUAAGGUGUUACAUUCUCCCAACACGUUUAGUGCUCAGUUUGUUUGGCUUUUCAGCUUUAGUUUAUUUGUUUGCGUUUGACAGUUAGCCCCAGAGCUGUUCAUUUCACUUGAGUGUAGACCACUGGCUAUGAGCUAGCUAAACUUCAUCAUUGCUUUUAAACUGAAAGUGAAUGGACUUUCAACCAACAUGCUGCUGUAAAACAGCUAACAAGUGGACUCUCAGCUAAACCAUGGAUGGUGCUUCUGUUAUGCUUCUAACAAAGUAAUACGGUUGUGAGUGAUUCCAUCCUCACCCAUGCCUUUGUUGGCAUCUAAUGGAAAGAAAAGCAUCAAUCAAGUCUGCCAUGGUAUCCAGACUGCCUAAGUUCGGUGGACGCUCGUCGAGCGGUGGUGCUAAUCCCUUGUCUAAUGGUUCCACCCAGGCAACUACUCCUCCCCAGGAUGAUAAAACUACUCCCCCAGGAUCACAGCCAAAUGGUGGGAUUUGUGCCUCUCCUUUGUCCUUCAAAUGGAAGAGAGAUGAGGGGUUGACACUCUCCAGCCCCACCAGCCCUGCUGAAAGAGAUGAAGAAAAGUCUCAGAUGCAGCUUCCCUUGUUGGAAAAGGAGGUAAAGAAUGGGUCUCCAGGUGUACCCAACACUCGGAGGUCUGGUACUUUGAUGGUUGCUGUGUCUAGUCCCAAGGCCAUCCCCAAGCAAUCCUCAAAGAUGGGUCCCAAAGUAGGGACUAAGCUAGGCCAGAGCCCAUUGAAUAGAGCUCCAAAAUUUGCUCAUACUGGUUCCAACAUUCCUGCAAGGACAGGGUCAGAGUCCCGCCUUGUGCGGCCAAAGUUGGGAUCUGGUGCUGCUCGAAGCAGCUCCCAAGACAGCCUGUCCCAGUCCAGUGACAGCCUGAAGUCUUUAACCACGGACAACAUGGUGCGUUCUAAUAGCUUUACUCACUUCAAGCAGAUUCCGUCUCCCACUACCCAGACAAUGACCCGAUCUUUCUCUUUCAACCGUGCUGUGGAGCUAGCCAAACCUCUGGCCAACACACAACUACGGCCUCCUUGCAGUUCUUUUCUCAAACCACCUCAGCUGAGCAAUGGGAGAGUGGGUUUGGGACUUAGAUGCCGAAAUGGCAACCUGGGAGGUUCAGAAGGUCUAGAUAGUGGACCUGGAGUUCUUCAGUAUAGCAGAAAUCAAUCUGCCUCCUCUCGAACUACCUCCUCGAUCCCCCAAGCACCCAUUACUCCGAGUGCUCUCAAGAAGCCUCUGUUCCCUAGUUGUGUGCUGACCAAGUCAGUGGGCAACAAUAUGGGGCCUUUGGGUUUCAGGCUGGCCAGAUCUGCACAGGCCAUACAGCAAAAGCCUCUUUUUUCAGGUAGGGUCAAGGGGGAAAUAAAAUCCCCUGAGUGUGGAGAGCUAUUAGAUUUUGAGACAAAUGGUGAGGCUAAAACAACAGACUCUCCAAGUGACAGUGAUGCAAGCUCUGGAGAUGGUGGAGCAAUAGUAGGAGGAAUUGAUGCAUUCAGGCAAAGCAUGAGCCAGGCAGCAGGCGAGACCAUUGAGGACAUGUCCUUAUCCUCUGCCUCGUCUAUAGAUAGAGGUGAAACCAGUGAAGAGCUUCUAGAUGACUUUGACAGUAUGAGAGAUGCACUCAGUGAUGGGGAUGUGCCUGACAAUAGGAAAGUUGGUGCUACCACCCAAACCCGUCUACACAGCCCACUCAACGAAACCAUUGAAUGGGACACAACAGACCUGAAAGGACAUGAAGAAGAAAGCCCCAUGCAAGACUCCCAGGGACCAUUGCUUUUCUCUCCAGAGCAUGGUGAUAUUCCCCAUUCUUCAUCUGUGGAGCUGUCACCUUCCAACAGUUCUGGUGGAACUUACAUGUGGGAUGAGGAGCCUUUUGUGGGUCAUGGGAGUCAUCCAUUAGAUAGCUUUGACGAUUCAGAGCUCAACAGCAUGGAUAUCCUGAACAACCUGGAGCCUUUAGCAACCAGAGAGUUGGAUGAUGAUGACCUCAUGUUAGAUGUGGACCUGCCAGAAGAUGGUUUGCACGACAUGGACAGGAUGUCCCACAUUGAGCGGUCAGAGUGGGCCGGUCGACAGGGGCAGCAGCAUAAACACCACCGCUGGAGAGGAUCAGGACAUUUCAACAAUGACAGCAGGGCUCAUGUCUUCCAGAAUUAUGAUAGACUAAAGUCUUCCAGGAUUCCUGCACGUCCUCCUCCCUCUGAAGACAAGCACCAUGGCAACAUGGCAAUGCUGGAUGAGCUCACACUCGAACACAUGACGCAAGAUUGUAGCUUGCUCAAGAACCAGCUGCUGAAGCUCAAAACAUUGCUACAGCUUGAGGAUGCAAACUCUAAAGCAGAGGCUCCUGAGGAGAAUGAAGACAAUACCAGUGCAGCACAGUUGGGUGAGCUGAUUAAGGAAGUUCAGGUGCUCAGAGAGGAGCUGAAGAAUCGAGACAAGACCAUUGCUCAGCUCACACUGCAGUGUCAACAGCUGCAACAACAACAUCAGCGGGAACAAAUGCCUGCUGAGGGACAUCAGGUCAGGUGUCAGUGCCACCACCAGAGGGCUCCCUCUUUACAGCAACAGAGCUACAGACAGAUGGACAAACGGAUGCAGCAUCACUAUGACAAGGCCACCCAGACGUACUGGAGACCGCUAAGCCAUGCUCCUCAAGUACUACAGCCUUACAGUCCCUGCCCCAGCGAGCACCUCCACCAGGGAAGAAUAAUAAAAAUUCCCCCCACCGAGGGCCACAGUGAUGUCACAAGGACCAGGUCAGAGGAAAGGACCUGUGCAAAUGCUGACCAUCCCCUUGAAGGCCUUAUUUCAGAUAUGACUGCCCCAGCAUACACCACCAAGAGGAGUAAUCGUCUAAGCUACCACUCACACUUUCCAGGCUCUAGGGCUCCACAGGAGGUAACAGCUAGAGACAGCCCAGCACCAGUGGCUUGGUCUGCAGCACAGCAUGAAGGGAGAGAACCAGCUGUGAUGCUGCAGAACUCUGUCUCUCCAAGAUCUGCUGGUUCGUCUUGCCCUCGCCUGCUGCAGCCCCCUCGACUUCAUAAGCACGUGUCUCUCCCUGCACUCAAGCCAGGGUUCACUGGUAACUUUGCCUCUCCGAAGCUGGGCUCCUCUUCAGGGCCUUUUCCGAACCAUACCAAGCAGCUGCCCCCCCCAUUUCGAGGCCUUCCUUGCUUCAACUCUGGACCCCAGGCGCAGCUUCCAAGUCUACGUCGCACUUCACUGCUUCAGCCUCACAGAGUAUCAGACCCUUGCAAAGAUCCACGGUUCAAAGACUCAAAGACCCUGGGUCAGACAAGUUCUUAAUCACUUUGAGCCAAUCAUGUGUCCCCAAGGCAAAGAUUCCAUAGGGAGCAUAAAUCCACUCAUCAAAACUCAAACAUAGACUAAAUCUCAUCCCCAUUUUGACCUAGCCAAGAUAAAAGCAUUACUGUUUCAUCUUGUGCGUGUCUGAGAAACAUACACUGUGCUCAUAAUCCAAUUGACCGUCCGGGGUCAUUGUUAUUGUUUUUGUGGCUGUUGUACAGCACCAUCUAAAUUAGCUUUCAUAAAUUCAGCCCAAAUGAGGGAUUAGGGUACAUAAUGCAACAGGAUUGUAACUUCACUACAAUGCACAAGAAAUGUCCAGGCAUAAUUAUACGAUUUAUUGCAGCAAGAAGACACGUAAAACAUGAUCUAGAGAGGUGUGAACUGGGGUAGUGGCGGCAGAGCUUUGCCAGUGGCAGCAUUGGGGUAGCAAGUGAAUGUGAGAUUGACUGACAGAUUGUGGUCAGCUGGCAGUCUGAUUACAGCUAGGGCACAUGACUAACAUGUCCUGCAUGAACUAAUGCAAAGCUUCAUUUAACUCGCUUUGCACAUGCUCCUGAAUAUGGCUUGUGCAAAAAAAAAAUAUUAGUCAGCCUUUUGUAUUCAUGUGUAGUACCUGCUGGCUAUUAACACAUUUUAAAGUCUAACUUCAGUUCUCACACAGCUGUGACCUCUGACACACACAAGCGUUUGAUUUUAAACGCUGAAAUGACCUGAACGUGAACUUUUUCAGUGUAGUAGUAGGCCCAGGGGAGGAUGGGGCAAAAACAGGGAGUGGUAGAGAAAGGAAAGGUAAAGCAAGGUAAAAUAACAGUGGAAGUAAAAUUGGGGCUGUAGACCGAAAAGCAAAUAUCACAAAGCUCUCUGAAGCUGUCACUUCAGAAAUUAAAUUAUGUUUGUAUGAAAGUGGGUGUGAGUGUGAGCGAUGAGACAGAGGCGAGGGACAGAGUGCCCACGCUGUUGCUGCAUAUACAGUAUGUUUUUUUUAGUUUAGUCUGCUACGCUUCCCUCUUCAGUCAAACUUUGAACCCUGCACAUAUAAGCAAAAGCGGUCGCAGACCUUCUGUGCAAUUUUGAGUCAGAUGAAAUAUGGGUCUAUAAAAAACAAUAUCAUGCCGGUGCUGGAGAUACAAUUAGGAGAAACCGUACACAAGUGAAAAACUGGCUUUCAUAAUGUACAAAAGAGCAGUGGGAUAAAGCACUCACACACUUAUAUAAGCUCAGGUACAAUGUAGACUCACUCAUGAGGGACACUCAUGCACAGACACACAAAGUACUCUUACACUUUGAAGGGUCGGUUAUUAUUUCAGGGUUAUUUUGUGUUUCUUUAGAUGGAAAAUGGUGAGGAGUAACAGGAACCUUGAUGAAAGAGCAGACAGCAUGCAACCAAGCUCAUUUAGUAUCUCUCUGGAUAAUGAGUUGCCUUAGUAGAUGAUCGUAACACAGACACAUCAUCUGGGGGAUGUAGGAAAUGUCACUUGAAUCCGCUACAAAUACAUCUGUUCCAGAAGUGCUGAGAACUUCAGAAGUUAGCUGCUGCGUUUCAUCAUUAAAGUGACCCUUGAUCUGAUUUGUGGGAGAAAAAAAACCUCAUAAUAGUAUGUUAAUAAUUUCGUAGUUUUAAUAUGUUUUUCCAACAUGGUAAUUACAACGUUAAUGGUGUUUAUAAGAAGUCAUUCGAAUUUACUGUAGGCUACCAUCAGUGUAAUACCUUCACCUGAAAGUAUUUGUGAAUCAAAAUUGAUAAUUACCAUAUUAUUCAGUUAUAAUUCAUCCUCCUUUUUUCCAAGUUUUUACUUCUUAAUUGUUAUAUAAAUAAGAUAGUAUUACAAUAAUAUUAUCUCCCUAAUGAAUAAUACAUAUUAUUAUUCUAUUACCACAUUGUUAUUGUCCUGCAAAAUAGUUUUGAGUUAAUUAAAAAAAACUCCUCCUUACAUGACUCACAUCACAAUUGACAGACAUAUGAGUCUGCAUCCUUGUGUGUGUGUGUGUGUGUGUGUGUGUAUCUGAGCCAUCGACCUACUCCCCGUCUCUCGCUCUCUUGCACAUCACUUUGGGAACAUCAAAGGUAUUAGUGGGAUAUUUUCAGGUAGGGAGCCUUUAGGGCUUUACAGGUGUUUCACUUGGACUUUUGUAAAAUCAGGUUUAUCUCUCCUUUGCGGAGCUGGUUUCUAGUGAAACGCUCCGAAAUGUCCCCUAUCGGAGAGCAGCAGUGUGUUUAAAAAAGAAAGAAAAAAAAAACAGGCCUUUGACAGCAACUCUGCUCUCUUCUCUGUCAAGCCGCAUGACCGCUUGGUGCACGCCUCCGGCACUGUCCGGUCUGCUGCGCCCAAUAAUGCACCCUGUAUAGACAGAGAGAAACACACACACACACACACACGCAUGCACAUAUAUUUUUUAUAUAUAUCACACACAUUUGGACACAAGCUACACAGACGCACAUACACUGACAAAACUCAAAGAGACACACACAUCACGUCACACUUCCCACUACCAACAUAAGUGUAGCAACUUACACACGCACGCACACACACCUUGAAUUUUUUACCAAAGUGUGUGUUGUGUUGUUUUGGUUGCUCUCACAAAUGAGCUCUCCUAGUACACAUUGAUUUAUCUGUCCACUGUAGCCAAAAAAAGAAGAUGGCUGUCUCCAGAUUAACCUGGAAAGAGGCAGAGGGCUUGUGUCGGUGUGUUUUCCCAGUGUGGAUCCAUGUGGCUGAUAAAACAUGUUUACUCGUUAUUCGGCUCAAUAUUGUGCCAAACCGUCCGGGCAGUUAGUUGUUACUGUUCUGUAAAGCCAAAAGAAAAAAAGGAAAAGGAAAAAAGUCCAAACAUUAACAACAACCAAAAAAUAUUUGAAUGGAGUUGGAAACAGAAAUGGAGAUGAGAACGUCGCGCAGGAGAAGCAUUAAGUUGGAGGAACAGGAAAGAGACGAGACAAAAGAUGAAGACGAGAUAAAAUGGCGAUUGCACUAUGAUCAAGAUCCGCUGUUUUUGGCAGGUCUUGUGAAGGUGUGUGUGAGAGGAGAGGAGAGGAGAGGAGAG